AUGGAUAUCCUAUUGGCAUUUUGCUGUGUAUUAUUAACAAUGCCUCUAUCCCAUUCUUCGUCUACCCAAUCUCCUCCUUCUGUGCCCAUGCUUAGCAUCCCACUAUACCAUAAGCAAAUGGUGAAUGACAUUAUCAUUGCCAAUGCAGGAGUUCAUUAUCCUCAUAUCAAAGCCACAGCAGAUAUAUACCCUGCUGAUGAUGCCUAUGCAAUGUUCAUAUGGAUCGGUACUCCAGUGCAAAUUGUGUUUGUUAGGAUGGACAUAGGGAGUCCCAUCACAUGGUUCCAAUGUGAUCCUUGUAGCAGUUGUUACCCCAUGCAGCGCCCUCCUUUCAAUACUCGGGCAUCAAGUUCCUUCAGAGAACUUGGUUGUUACACUGACACAUGCUUGAUCCCUAUGAUGAGGAAAAUUUUUGGAAAUUGCACUGGAUGGACCUGUAGAUACAAUGUGGAAUAUGCAAAAGAAUCUCGCUCCUUCGGUAUGAUGGUGCGUGACACUCUAUACUUCGAGCAUUCCGAUGUAGAGGUGCAGGACUUCAUCAUGGGGUGCGGAGAUUCGUAUGAAGGCCCAUUUAGGACUCAGUUCUCAGGAGUUUUUGGUCUAGGACGAGGCCCACUUUCAGUCCAAAGUCAACUCCAUGCAAAGGCCUUUUCUUUUUGCAUAGUGAGUUUUGGUUCAGAAAGACCCUCCUCUCUUGAGUUUUAUGACACCUCACCCGCAAUAGAUCAACAUGGUGUUGGUAAAAAUUCCAUUAUGGUCCCCUUGAGAGAGAAUAGUAGAUACCCUUACUAUUACUUUGUGCAGUUUGUGGGUAUAGCCAUUAAUGGGUUUAUGAUAGAAAUUCAAUCUAGAGUUUGGGGCUAUGGCCUGAACUAUGAUGGUGGGGUUACUAUAGAUAUGCAAACAGUUCUAACCUAUUUACCAAGUGAUGCGUAUAGCGUUUUUAGAUCAGAGAUACGCAGAACAGAUCAUAACCUUACAAGGAGGCCAAGAUAUGAGGAGUUAGAGUUUUGUUAUAAAGAUGACCCAUCUAAUGUCUAUCCAACCAUUGAAUUUUACUUUGAAAAUGGCAAUGUUGCAGGUGAAAAUUUUGUCUCUUUCAAGUUGAAUACCAAUCAAAAGCUCUUUAAAGUAGAAGCGGGCGUAGUUUGCCUACCAUUUUCAGACGGAAAAAAUUCUGCCCUUACAGUGAUUGGCAGCAACCAACUUCAAGGAACUCUAUUGACUUAUGAUCUAGUCAAUGAGAUCCUUAUCUUCACAUAUAAUAAGUGUUAG